CAGGAUGUUUCGGACGCUCUUCCCACAUUGCAGUUUGGCUGUCUUCAUCCUUAGUUGUUCCCUGCCAGUUCAUGGAAGACCAACACAAGGGCUCAACGGCAGAGUGCGAAGAGCAGUGUCUGAGCACCAGCUACUCCAUGACAAAGGUCGCUCUCUACAGGAGCUUAGGCGCAGAAUAUUUUUGCAGAACCUAAUCGAGGGAGUGAACACAGCAGAAAUACGUGCAUUGCCUGAUGAGACUUUGCGUCCUGCUCCAAGCACCAAAAACUUCAAUAGCUUAAGACUGGUAGGGGAGGAGGAAGGUGUGGCAACUCACUUAACACAGGAAACACACAAACCUAUUAAUUACAAGGAGCCCCCUCCUAAGAUACCUGGCAAAAAGAAGAAGGGAAAGCCAGGAAAACGUAAGGAGCAGGACAGGAGGAAAAGGAGAGAACGUUCAGCACUGGAAAGUCUGCAAGAUCCCCCUGGAUCAGACCUGUGGUUGGAGGAAAUAAAUUUCAGAACACAGUGAGAAUUAGACUGGAGCUUCCCUUUAUUUUGAAGUAAAAAUAAAAAGAUUGGAAAAAAAGGAAAUACAAAGCCGGACGUGUGGCAGAGAAUAUUCUGGUUCCACUCAUAUGAGCUGUAUUUAUUAUAUGUAAAUAUUUGAUGGUCAGAGUCCGCCCAUGUGCGCUGUCCCCUCCUCUGUCUGUAAAA